CCGCCGCAGCUUUAUUUAGGAAGAGGAGGCAUUGGGACAGGACGUCUGCUUGGAGUGUUUACAGCAGGAGCAGGUUCUGAAGCCGAUCUCUGGAUCUUUGUGGGUUUUCAGCUCUGCAGCUUCAGCCUGAUGCUGCUGGAUCUUCUGGGAAGGAGACUGAACACAUUUUGAGUUCUCUUUGGGUCGGGUUCAGAGAGUGAUGUUGGAUUUGGAGAUAUCAGCUGCAGAACCUCCAUCAAUCGGCCUAGGAGGUGAGGGAAACUAGGAAACCACCUGUUGGGAGGAAUGUGGAUGUUAGGCACGGACCCAGGCUCUGGUUCCAGAAGCGAGCCCCUCCACGGUGUCAGGUGUCUGCAGUGAGCAUGGGGCCAUGGGGUCCUGGGCUCAGGUGAGCCGCUCACGGCAGCUGCGGUCUGGAUAUGGCUCAGGAGGAUGCAGUGAGGUGUCUGCGCUGCCUGCUCUAUGCGCUGAACCUGCUGUUCUGGCUGAUGUCGGUGUGUGUGCUCGGUGUGGCAGCGUGGAUCAGAGACACCCUGAACACCGUCCUGACCCUGACAGCCCACACCAGGUUGGAGGACGCUGCGGUCCUCACCUACUCUCCGGCGGUCCAUCCGGUCCUCAUCUGCGUGUGCUGCCUCCUCCUCAUCGUGGCCAUGGUCGGGUACUGCGGCACGCUGCGGUCCGACCUGCUACUGCUCUCCUGGUACUUCUGCAGCCUGCUGGUGAUUUUCUGUGUGGAGUUGGCCUCUGCUGUGUGGACCUACGACGAGCCCUCAGUACAGCGAGCUGACAUGAUCAGUCUGAAGUUUCGGAUGCCGAACUACGGCCUGCAGCAGUAUCAGUGGCUCACACACACCUGGGACAGCUUCCAGACACAGUUUAAAUGCUGUGGGGUGAUCUACUUCACCGACUGGCUGGAGAUGACAGAGAUGGAGUGGCCUCCUGACUCCUGCUGCACCCAUCAGUACCCGGGCUGCGCUCGCCACGCCCACCAGCAUGACCUCAGCGACCUCCACCAGGAGGGCUGCGGUCCGAAGAUCUACAGCUUCAUUCGAGGGACGAAGCAGCUUCAGGUGCUGCGAUUCCUGGGGGUCUCUAUCGGCGUGGCACAGAUCCUGGCCAUGGCGCUGACGCUCACGCUGCUUUGGGCGCUUUAUUACGGCAAACAGUUUCAGAAACCGAACUCAGAGGCGACACCUGUGCUGCCUGAAGACUGUGUUUCCAUUGCAGCAACCAACGGAACCACUACCGGAUCCUCCAAAUAUGGCUGCAGCCACAUGAUGAAGGGACGUACGGACAUGUCUGCUGCUCAGGCUGAGCUGAGAGAUGCUCAGGUGGAGGCGGAGUGGCUGAACGCUGCAGGAUAACGCAGCUCUAAAGAAACUGACUUUAUGAAUUGCAGCACUUAUUGCUGCUUAAAGGCUGUGUAUGCUGCCGCAGCAGUGUGUCGCAGUUAGCUUACUGCAGGUAUGACGCAGAUAUUUUUGAUUUAUGCACAAUUUUGAAGCGUGGUCUACGCUAUUUUAACGCCACAACAAAAGAGGGACAAACACGAAUUGGCUAGGAGUGUGGGUUUUGUGUGUCAGUUUGACGAGCUGGUUCACCGUCUACAACCCCUCAUCAGUUCACCCAUGAGUGCUCCUGAAAGACUGGCCUUAGCGCUGCCUGUUUUGGCUUCGGGUACAAACUAGCGUCCUGCAUGGCGUCUGGAAUAGUGUCCGAGGUGUGCCAGACGUUGUGGACGGCACUACAGCCAGAGUUUCUGCCAUUAGGUACCAAACAGGACAUAUGCAAAGUGUAGCGCGGACGCAGAAUUGACCAAUCAGAGGCCUCCUUCCGGCACUAUCUGCGGUCAUCUACAAUUUUGGGGAGGUGCACCAGAGUGUCUGCGGAAGGGGGCGGGGGCAUAUCUUUGCAAACAAGGUUUUGUCCACAUCACUGCUUCUGCCGCCACCUUUAAAGUUCCUGAGUUUGCAGUAAAGAAAUAAGCUCGA